AUGACGUUGGGCGCAGCGACAGCCAACGAUCCCAUCGACUCAACACUCGCCUCUCCCUCGCGCGACGAGCAACGCCGCCAAGCAAAUCAAGCCGCCUUCUCCCGCGACCUCGAAUUCCUCUCCUCGCUCGCCAAUCCCUACUACCUCAAUCACCUCGCCCUCUCCGGCGCGCUGUCCUCACCUUCCUUCAAACGUUACCUCAAGUACUUGGACUACUUUCGACAUCCAAAGUACGUCAAAUAUUUGCACUAUCCGCAGGCGUUGCAUUUCUUGGAUCUGCUGCAGAACGAGGAGGAGUUCCGAUUGGCUUGCAGAGAUCCAGCUUUUGCAGGCGAGGUAAUGGCGAAACAGAUUGGUCACUGGGCGACCUGGAGGGAUCCGGAGAAUGCGGCUGGACAGGAGCAAGACGAAGCAGGCGAGCAAGGCGAGGCAAGAGAGACAACUGGCGGGCAGACGGCCUAG